GGUUUAUGGAGAGAGAUAGGAGAGAGAGAGAGAGAGAGAGAGAGCUUGAGGGGUUUGUUCUUCGAGUCUUGACCUUUCAAGACACAGCAUCUUUCUUUUGAUUCUUUCGUUUCAAUACACAUCUAUUCAGGGAUAUACAAACUUCACCACAUAUGGUUGAUUAAUUUAGGGUUUAAUGUGUGUGGGUGUGUGUGUCAGAGAGAGAUAGACAAAAAGAGAAGGGUAAAGACCAGAGAGAGAGAGAGAUUCAAUUUAUUGAUCCAUCAAGAGAGCUUAUCUUAUCAUCAUCAUCAUCAUCAUCAUCAACUUCAUCUUCAUCAUCAAUUCUCAAUAACCGAACCCCAUUUACACCUGAAAGAGGCUGAAUGAGUAUAAGUAAAAGAGAAUUGCGAAGGAAGUAAACAAGAGUCAGUUCAUUGAUUCAUCAGCAAUCGGCUUAAAUAUAUAUCAUUCAAAUCAACCCCAAUCAACAACCUUUUACCCAUUUCGAUAUAUUCACAGAUGUUCAUGAGAUUUUUGAACGGCAAGCCGUUCAAUUGAUCAAUGUGUUUUUGGUGGAAGUAUAUGAAGAUGGAGAUAGAGUGUGUGCUAUGGUUUUUGUCUCUUCAUCUUUGCGCAAAUCAAAUUGGAUUUUCCGUUUCAAUUGUUUCUUGAAACGGGUUUCUCGAAUUGAUUUCACCAAUAAGGUUUUUGUGCGAAAGCGUGAAAAAAACUUGAAUUUUGUUUUACCCUUUUGAUCUGGGAAUUGGGAUUCCUCCUAAAUCACAGAUUCACACAGUGUGUGAAAAAAUGGCUAACAACAACCAUAGCAAGAACGAAAUACCACCAACUGAGGAGCUCUUAAAGAAGAUCCAUGAUUUAGAACAAAGCCACGCUCAUCUCAAACAAGAAAUGUCAAAGCUAAAAAUCUCCGACGACCAACAAAAAUCCGAACGUCAAAGGUCCAGUUCAGUAUCUCCACGCCGCCCUCGCCGGAAACACAUGGGUGGUGCAAGCGGGAUGUUCGAGGGCGGCGCUGUAGCCGCCUUCAAGAUGGGUUCAGCAUCUUUCCGCCAUUCCUCACCAUUAAGAAGAGAAACUCGCAGCGUUGACGUUAGCUACAGCAACGAUCACAACCAUAACACCUCCGCCACAUCCGCCGCCGACGGCCCUUCAGCUGUGAAGCUAACGGAAACACAAUACUUGAAUAUAUUACAAUCAAUGGGUCAAUCUGUGCAUAUAUUCGAUCUCAACGGCCACAUAAUCUACUGGAAUCGUAUGGCUGAAAAUCUGUAUGGAUACACAUCUUCUGAAGCUUUAGGGAAAACAGCCCAUGAGCUUCUAGUAGAUUCCAACGAUUACACAUUAGCUGAAGCUAUUUUACAACGAACAGCAAAAGGGGAAAGCUGGUCUGGUCAAUUUCCAGUUAAAAACAAAUUAGGGGAAAAAUUUAUCGUUAUGGCUGCAAAUACACCAUUUCGUGAUGAAAAUGGAAUCCUAAUUGGUGUUAUAUGUGUAUCAAGUGAUACACGCCCAUAUCAAGAAAUGAAGCCAUUAGCAACAAUCAGUGCUCCAAGAAGAAUCGCUUCAGCUAAACUUGGACUCGAUCCUCAACAACCUUUACAAACUGCAAUCGCCUCAAAGAUUUCAAAUCUGGCUACAAAAGUUAGCAACAAGGUGAAGUCAAAAAUGAAACCGGGAGAAAACUUCACGGAUCAUGAAGACUCGGAUCACAAAGAAGAUGGAUAUUCAAGUGGGGCAAGUACUCCAAGAGGCGAUCUUCCUCAAUCACCAUUUGCAGGAGGAUUCUCUUCAAAAGACCAAAUUACCGGAAAGCCCUUGGGAGAUUCAGGUGACGAGGGUGAAAACAAGCCCGGGAUCCACAAGCUUCUAUCUUCAAAAGCGGAAGCAUGGAUGGGCAAAAAGGGAAUUACAUGGCCAUGGAAAGGAAACGAUAACCGAGAAGGCGGGUCGGAUCCAAAAACGGGUCGUUUUGGUUUGCAUUGGUUACAUAAUAAUAAUAAUGAUCAAGAAGUACAUGAAUCUGGUCAACAACCAAAAGUAGAAAGUCAACCGUGGGAAAAUAUGAAUCGAAAUGAGGCUUCAGGGUCAUGGUCUUCUUCUUUUAAUGUUAAUAGUACAAGUAGUGCAAGUAGUUGUGGAAGCACAAAUAGUAGUGCUAUAAAUAAAGUGGAUGUGGACACUGAUAGCUUGGAUUAUGAAAUAUUAUGGGAAGAUUUAAUAAUUGGUGAACAAAUUGGACAAGGUUCAUGUGGGACGGUAUAUCAUGCAUUGUGGUAUGGAUCGGAUGUUGCUGUCAAGGUUUUCUCAAGACAAGAAUAUUCAGACGAUGUGAUAUUAUCAUUUCGACAGGAGGUAUCUCUCAUGAAAAGACUUAGGCAUCCAAAUAUUCUCCUCUUUAUGGGCGCUGUAACCUCACCUCAACGUCUAUGCAUUGUCACAGAGUUCCUUCCCCGUGGAAGUUUGUUUCGUUUACUUCAAAGAAACACAGCUAGAUUAGAUUGGAGACGUCGUGUUCAUAUGGCCAUGGAUAUUGCACGAGGGAUGAAUUAUCUUCACCAUUGUCACCCGCCAAUCAUUCAUCGCGAUUUGAAGUCUUCAAAUCUUCUUGUUGAUAAGAAUUGGAAUGUGAAGGUUGGUGACUUUGGUCUUUCGCGUGUCAAGCAUGAAACGUAUCUUACAACAAAGACGGGCAAGGGCACGCCUCAAUGGAUGGCUCCCGAAGUUCUUAGGAAUGAACAAGCAGAUGAAAAGUCGGAUGUAUAUAGCUAUGGUGUGGUAUUAUGGGAACUUAUCACAGAAAAGAUUCCUUGGGAUAGUCUCAACUCAAUGCAGGUAAUUGGAGCUGUAGGGUUUAUGAAUCAAAGGUUAGAUAUUCCCACUGAUGUGGAUCCUCAAUGGGCUUCUCUUAUUGAAAGCUGUUGGUGCAGUGAACCACAAUCCCGACCAACAUUCCAAGAAAUACUAGAUAAGCUUAAAGAUUUGCAGAAGAAAUUCACAGUUCAACUUCAGGCGUCACGCACCACCACCACCACCACCACCACUGCUGCCGCCGCCGCCACCACCACCACCACCACCACUAUUGCUGCCGGAGAAAAUGAUGGCCAAAAGGAAUCAUAGAACAAAAUGGAAGCAUAAAUCACUUUGACCCUCUUUUAUAUUUCGAAGUGUUUGUGGGCCCAUGUCUCUCUAGUCAAGUUGGCUGGUUUUUGCAUGUUGAUUUUAAGGUCUGGUUGUGGUUGUUAUUGUUGUUGUUGAAAAGAGCUUAAAGUUGUGGGAUGAAAGCAUAUCCGAUGAAUCGGAUAGUGUGUGGCCAUUGUUUUGUGAUCCAUAAGGAACACUUUACGAUUGUUUUGUAUAGAGUACAUGAAUUACUUGGAUUUAGAAUUGUGAAAGCAAGUAUAUGUAGAAUUGUAUUUGUCCAUGGAGUUUUAGGGUGUAUGGUGUUAAAUUCGGUUUGGUUUAUAGAAUUGGGGGUUUCGUUUAUUCUUCA